ACUAGCUAUCGCACUCAUCUGCCAUCCCCAACGGCACGCACUACAAUUUUUUCGUAUUUGGUUAAAUUUUAUUACCAACUGAAGACCAGAAAAACGAGGAGCAAUGGUCAAACGGCGGACGCAAUCCCUGAUCGACUCCAAUUCCAGCGACAGCGACAGCGAAUCGGAUACCAAUCUGGAAUCGGAUCUUAUGUCUCUGGCCAAGAAGCGUAAGAAGCCCCAAACGGCAAACAAAUCCAGUUCUCGCUCAGAUUCUGAUUCCGACUGGGCAAACAAUAAAGCCGGAGCCCCUGCCUCAAAGAAGAAGAAGCGGCAGAAGGCCAGCCGAGACUCCAGCUCAUCGGAGUCAAAUUGGGAUGAUGACAGCCACGAUGAGGAGCAACCGACGAGGCAGAGUCCAGCACAGGCUCAGCAGGAGCAAAAACCACCGGAGCAGGCCACUCAGCCAGCGCAACUCAGUGAACAGGAGGAGGGCGAGGUUUCUGACAGUGAUUCCGACAAGUCCAAGUCCAACUCCUCCUCUUCUGGAUCCGAUUCCUCUAGCUCGUCGUCGUCUAGCUCCGAUUCGGAGUUCGAUGACGGUUUUGAUGACGACCUUAUGGGCGAUGAUGAGGAUAGAAGACGUCUUAACGGCCUAUCCGAAAAGGAGCGAGAAACAGAGAUCUACAAGCGAAUUGAGCAGCGAGAAAUCAUGCGAACGCGAUGGGAAAUUGAGCGGAAACUAAAGUUGGCCAGGAGAGGAGAGAAGAACCAGGAAAAGUCCAAAAACAAAGGAGAACGGGCCAAAAAGAAGAAAGAAAAGCGUGAGAAGAAAGCGAAGAAGGCCAGGGAAUCCCAGCCGCCUGUACCACAACAGACAUCCACAUCCAUAAUAUCUGAUCCUGAACCCAAGCCUAUCAGUGAAGUUCGGUCAGCGAGUCCCUUGUCCUCGCCAGCCCUUAACCGAGAUGCAGCUUCUACUUCGGCAGCAGUGGCCAGUAUCUUGCCCGACGAUCAGGCAGCCGCCGCUGGCGUCUCUGAUUACUUUGAUCACAAAGAGCGUUCCAAGGAACGCAAGAAGAACGUCGAAGCUAACAAGACGGACGACAAGAGGAGCAAUGCCAUGGCCUUGUUAAAAGCCAAGCGAGAGGGCAAAGCCAAAAGAGAGGAAGAGGAAGCCAAGCGUUUAGCUGAACGAGAUCGCGAUGACGACAAGGAGGAAUUGGAGAGCGUUUCUGGCUGCAAAUCAGCUGUGAAACUAAAAGCAUCUGAGAUCUACUCAGAUGAUUCGGGCAGCAGCGAUUGGGAUGAGGAUGAGAAGCCCACGGGGAAGCGCUCUCGCUCCAACAGCAGCAAGGCCUCUAGUGAAUCCGAAGACGACGAAAAGGUUCCCCAGCGACCGGUUUUCAUAACCACACGCGAGGAUCUGAACAAGCUGCGCCUUUCGCGCUACAAAAUGGAACGUUUUGUAAACUUGCCAAUCUUUGAGAGCACCGUACUCAAUUGCUUUGUCCGGAUCAGCAUCGGAAACAAUGGCCAGAAACCAGUAUACCGGGUGGCCGAAAUCGUGGGAGUGGUGGAGACGGGGAAGAUCUACAGCUUGGGCACCACGCGUACCAAUCGCGGACUAAGACUUAAACAUGGAACACAUGAGCGGGUGUUCCGGCUGGAGUUUAUAUCUAACCAGGAGUUCACAGAGAAUGAGUUCAACAAGUGGACCGAGGUGUGCCAGCAAUCACACGUUCAGAUGCCCACAAUCGACCUUAUCGCUAUCAAGCAAGGUGACAUAAAGAAGGCGCUGAACUACGAGUUUAAGGACGAGGACGUGGACAAGAUUGUAGAGGAGAAGAACCGCUUCCGCAACCGACCCACCAACUAUGCGAUGAAAAAGACAUGUCUAAUGAAGGAGCGCGAUGCAGCCAUGUUGCGGGGCGACUACGAUAUUGCCCAGGACCUGGGCCAGCAGAUCGACGAGCUUGAGAAUCGAGCCUCAGAGCUGGACAAGAGGAGAUCACAUACCCUAAAUCUGAUCUCCUACAUAAACGAUCGUAACAGGAAGAAGAACGUGGAGGAUGCAGAGAAGGCGAUCUUAGAGGAAGCUCGGGCCAAUAAGGGUCUUAAGAUCUCGGAUCCCUUUACGCGCCGAAUCACUCAGCCACGCAUGGGCUUCAAGGGUGCCAAGAAGGACGACGAUGACAUGCAGCUGGCACCACUGCCUCCGCCGCCUCCGGGCAAGAAAAGGCCAAACGAAGCGGGUACUUCGAGUGGAGGAUCUAAGUCCACGGACUCCAAGGAUUACAGUCUGUACUCGCUGCAUGACUUUGACAUCGACUUAGAUGUACCCCUACCAGUUAGUACGAAUUCAGUGCCCAAACCGGCCAACAAACCAGCUGAAACAGUCUCCAAGCGUUCGCUGAAUCUGGAGGAUUACAAGAAGAAGCGCGGUCUCAUCUAGAAAAUGAAAUUGCAGGUCUACAUAUAUUGACAAAGCCUCACAUGUUUACGUCCUAGUUUAGUGUAGUGCCCAAAUGACUACAGCAAAAACUUGCUAAUGCUGCAACGACUCACCCAACAAAGGGAGCAAGAAGAAAUCGACCGACAGAUCCGCUCGGCUAAUAGUUACAGUUCAUAAAUGUGUUUAGCUUGACAGAGGAAGCUUAAAAAAAGUCGUGAGUAGCGAAGGGUUCUCCAUUUUAUCACAAAUUAUUAUCCCACUCAAGGAUAACUUACCGUUUUUGUGUUUCUUAUCAGUUUUAUGAUUCAGUUUUUAAUUAGCGAAACUUAACAAGCAACAGAUAUUUUGAUCAUUUACAAUUUAAAUACAAAUGAGGGACUCAUUAAGUAAUAUGUACAGAUGGAUAUAGUUCCAUUGUAGUUUCUAUAGUUUAUAAGUUGAAAAUUGUAUUACACAGCCCAGCCCAAUUAUACCCGACGAAAGAUGUUCAAUAAAUUAACAACUAAUAUAAUUUAUACACAAUUAGUUUACAGCAAAAACUCAAUUGUUUACUCAGGCAAAUGGCGAAUGCUUAGGAGAUUCCAGCGAUAAAUAUUAAAUAGGCUGAUUAAAUGAAAAAUAUAAAGAAACACAUCCAAACGAGCGUGUAUCCCAUUGGUUGUAACCGUUCAAUGCUGUAUUAGCUUUAGGCGAAAUUCAUCAAUUGUAGCAGCAGCAUUCAUAUACUUAAUUAUAAACAUAUAAAUAAUAAUUAUUUAUAAUAAAGAAAACAUCUAUUAAAUUCA